AUGUCUACAGGGUCUGAUCGUUCUGAAGUCAGUAAUGUUCAAAAUCGCGACAACCUAAAUUCAAGUGAAGAUAUAAAUGACUCUGAAAUAAUAGACGAAGUAAAUGCUGCUCCACCAACUUACGAGGAAGCUAUAACAUCUCGAGAUCUAGAAGACAAUAUACCGUCUACUUCCUUUUCUACAUUCUCUCGUUCGGCUGCAGCUAAUUUACAUGCUAUAGAAGAAAUGCUUUCUUCAAAUAACUCAACUAGUGAACGACAUCCUUUACUUGGCAAUAAAAAUAAUAGUCCAUAUAAUUUAUUUGGGAGGUCAUAUGGUGGUUCAUCGAACCAAUCCACUUCGUCUAAUCAAUAUAUGACUUUUCCUUUACCACGCGGAUCAUAUAUAAAUCAUGAAUUUGAUUAUGAAGUUUUACAAGGUGGUGUUGUAUCGUGUGAUCCACAAUUAAGUAGGGACUCUGAGUCAUUAUACAGAUUUUUUACCGAGCAUAAUGACAAACCUGAAAUGGCUAUUAUAAUUUAUGGAUAUCAUACACGGAAAGGUGGUAACAAUAGAAAGAAUGCUGAAAUAACGGAUUUUAGGUUCACUUUGGAUUUAACGGAAUUCGUAUCGUCUGUUGGAGAAUUACGUGCUUAUCCAAAUGAAAAUAAACCAGACAUGGGUUUCAUGGAUGUCUUAGAAGAAUAUAUUCGUCGUGAUAGUGGUUUAAAAUCUAUUGAAAUGCACAAGAUUGUGUACUGGGAUUAUUCUUAUUUAACUCAAUCCAUAAUUUCAAUUAUUCGUGAUCAAGGUUACCAACACGAAAUCCGUAUCACAUAUCCACAACGCAAUCAAUUGAUUCUAGUUCAAUCCGACAAUGCAUUAGCACAAUUCACACGUACUACUGUGGGGCAAGCUUUAUGUUGUUUGCGAGAGAAUGGUUUCAAAGAAACAGGAGGAUUAUUGUUGCAAAUGUUAAAUGGCUUUGAUGAUAAGAACGAGUAUAGGA